UAUUAUGAAGACUUAUAUGUAAUGAAGUUAUGUCGUUCCGUGAAAUGAAAUAAGUUUAUUUAUCAUUUUAAAAUUAUGAUCUCAAUUAAAACUUGCUUUGGAUUAAAUCGGCAUCGUUCAAGUGUGAGCGCACAUAACUUCGAUGUACUUAAUAUGCACGAUGAAACUUUUAUCUUUAACCACACGUCCGACUGUAUUUAUCUGUGACUGUGUUUAUCAGGCAUCGUCUCGCAGAUGCUUGUUUAAUUAUCCUACAAUGAAAAAACAGUUGCUUGUCUAUCUUCACGGUUACUUUCGUUGCCCAUGGUUUGAUUAUAUCAAUCAAGACAGGUCAAACUAGAUCUUGUGUAAUGCGAUCUAGUUUCACACAAUCACCCUUUUCUCAUACUUUCUCGACUGAGAAAACAAGUGCGCAAGCGAGAAAGUACUUGUUCGUUUCAGUUCCUAUUCCGUAAUUUCAGUUACUAACCGCUCGCCACCAAGGGCAAACAUGCACGGAAACAAAUUUACAUCGCAUCAAUACCCUUUUCUGCCAUCUGCCAUCUUCCUGUAAACGGAUCAGACUCUGUUGAAUACAUCACGUUUCGUACCGACUUCCGUCGUCGCUUCUCCUUAUAUCACCCAGCAAAUGGUUCUACAUUACUUGCGAUUCGGUACACAUAUACUUAUGAGCAUAUAUUAACUUUCAGCUUUUGGUAGUACGAGCAUUAAAAUGCACGAUAUUAGUUUUUGUCACUCAUUACUCUUCUAACCUUCCUUCGCUGAUUUUUUUUACCGUUACCAUUGUCGUGUGACGAAAUAAAUCUGUGGCAAUUAAUUUGUUGCUUUCUUUUGUAAGAGUGUCUAGCAUUAUGAUGGUACGGUUUACCUUUUUUUAUUUCUCGGAUUUAGCAUAAUGCAAAAAACCACAUGAAGAUGAUUGGUUAGCAUAAGAUGAAAUUAUUUUAUUUGUGUUUAAAGCGAAACUGAGAUCUUCACAAAGUUAGCAGAGGCAUUUAAAAUGUAUUUACCAUCUAUUAGUGUUUUUUUUAUUAAUUUUUUUAUCUUUAUACCCAAAUGCGUGUCUUUGAUUCAUGCAUAUUAGUCCAUUAAUUUGUGAUAUUAGACAACCAGCAUUUUUUGUAGACAGUUUAAAGCAUUAUUGUUUUGUUUGCAGUCUGAGAUUACAUACCAAACAUAUUUAUGUUUACGGUACGGAAAUAAUAAUAUUUGAUUAGAACAUAAAUACAACACAUUUUAUGCUGUAAUACACUUUGCAAUACACAAUAAGAAUCUAGUGUUCCCCCUCUGUUUUUGUAUGAAUUCAAGCUUUUGCUUAAAAAAAUAGGCAUGUAUACCCUAGAUUACGGCUGACCGUCGGGGAGGAAGACUGAUAUCUUUCAUAAGCCGUUUACCUUUCUCCCGCCAAAGUGUUUCGACGGUGAAUGAGUAUCAAUCAAACUGUUCGCAUUUAAUCUUCUUAGAUGGACUGACGAAAUACGUUCAAAAACCAUAACCGAAAUAUUUUUAAACCCCAUUCUAAUUGGUUGGAAAAUGCAUUGAUCGGUAAAAUAAUGGAAACACAUUUUCAAGCAGUUAGCUAUUUCCAAAAAAAUCUAAUUACAGCACAUACUUAGAAUAGCUUAUUAAUAUUUGAUAAAAUGUUACAGCUAAGUAGCAAAUUCGAUAUUCUCUGGAUUGAAAACUAUCAAAAGUGGGAAUUCACGAAAGUUUCGCUGUUUUAUAAUUAUUGAACCUACUGUGGAUAGAUCGAAGAUCCGUGCCUAGCCACAUCGAAUCGCAAUCGAAAGUCCGGCUAAACUUCAAUCCCUUCCAGUAAACGACCGAAUGACUGGGUAGAAAGGUAAGCCCGGUCUUUUGCAUGCAACUUCCUUACUCUCGCUACGAUUACCCGGUGCGCUUGGAAGUUCGCAAAGAGUAAAGCGAGCGACGUAUUCACGUAUAAAGUGUAUGAGUAAAAGAGUAAAAGCAAACGAGUGUUGGUGUCGUACGCCGCAUCGCCACCUUUGCUGUUGGUACGCUAAACUCCAGCGAGAUCGACGCAGAUCGAAAGACGAACCAACGCUCUGUCAGUCAGAUCGCGUCCGUCAGCAGCAAAACAAACAGAAAACAUAUGCUCUGAUAUGUUACCGAGCUAUGCACAGUCGCGAAGCAGUUACCGCUCACGUGUUGGCUGAUGUAGACCACUUAUCUCGUGCAAUCGCGUUUAAAUAGUCUGCUCGUUCGUGUCGUACGUCUGGACCUAAUUUGAGUGUAGAGUGUGUGUGUGUAUGUGUUUGUUUUAUGUACAUGUUCUAAAAUACUGAGCUUUGAGUUCACAUGAAAUGGUCAGCUGUUUUGGUGAAUUUUAUACAUUUGUGUAGUGAAUCGAAGAUCGCGUGAACAACGUCUAUAAUUAACGUAUUAAGUUUGUGACGGAAGCUGUGUGGUUUAAACUCAAUUAACGUAAACAAUAACCACGCGAACGGACUGAUAAACAUAUCAGUCGUCUUACACAUGCUUUCCUGUUGUACUCAUGAUUGAUGCAGUAAAUGUUUUCACUUACAUCCUGGGUUCCCUAUGAUGUGCACAGAGUGAUCAAUGAAAAUAAAUUAUCAAUGAAACACCAGUGCUUCGUUUUACCGGAAUAAUAAAUUAUCUCUACGUGCUACCGUUAACCAGUAUCUUAAUGAAUAGUCGAAGCGAAAUGGUAAUAACGCUAAUAAAGUGCUGAAUGUAAGUGAAUCUAAGUGAACUUUACCAUUACUUCCGCACGCCAUUUGGUACAUUCAACAUCUUUGACACACGUUAUAUUGUUCAACGAGGUGGCCAGCGUAAACUUCUAACACGUCUAUCGCGGUUGUCGUUUGUGUCUCGAAUACCUAUGUUUCUGACCCACGUACCGGUAUAGGUGACAUGCGAGAGUCAAGCAAAAACACGGAACCAUCAAGAUUCACAUUGGCAUUGCCUGCUGGAAGCCAACGGUGUCGUCACGCAAAUUUCAUUGUGCUACCAUUUUCAGUCCAGGCUCACCUGAAGGUUGCGAAAACUGCAACUCACGACAUCUAGCUGCACUACUAUCGAAAGAUCGCUUUUAAAUUAUGUAAAUUCAUGCAAAACACUGACGACCCUUUGGCUGCUCGGUCCUGUGAGGGAGACAUAGCAAAACUUAAAGUUCGUACGUAAAGUGAAAUUCGCGACACUAAAUAUGAGGUGAAAUGAAAACAAUAACAAUUUAAGACACGAACGCGACGACGUGAACGCGAAAAGUGGAAGUGUCAUGCGAGCCGACAAAGCCGGAAACCAACCCGCGAGGAGCUAAUGGUUGUUGUUACGGCCAAGCCAUGAACUGAAGAACAACGAGAACGAAACAUCAUUGCCACACUCAACAUGUGUUUUCGUCCAACGGUUCAAACGCGAUGAGAAGACGUUCCAAAAGUGAAACAAAAUACAAAACAAACAAAAGAAAAAUGUGGAGAAAGUAAAACUCAUACGAGUGGUGAGCUUUUGCUGCUAAGGGUUACAGAAUUGGAAUCAGUCUCAUAUCACCUCAACACCAGUCGUAACGCUUAUUGUGCUGAUUUCAGUUCCGGACAUUGGUUGGCGAGGAAAGCGCACAACAACAACAACGAGAAACUUCCGUACAUCUCCAUCAUCCUUUGCAAGCUUUAACGGUCAUUUUAAUUACAAAGAAAAUUAUGUUCCGCUUAUCGUUGCAUGCAACUUGUAAUAUAAUUAAUAUCCAUCCCACCGACUUUACCCCGUAUCAAUCAAAAUCUUACGGUGGGAGCUUAUAAGGUGCGCAUCAUUUGGAAGUGCAUCAUUCUUGUACAGUGACAACACGCGGCAACGGAAAACGCUAGUCGCCGACGAGUAAAUACCCCCCGGAGGAAAGAAUCAUGCAAAAUGUACAAACAAUGUGUAUGGCCAUUUUGCUGUUAAUCGUUGGUUUCGUCGGUGCUGAAAACUUGCUCUUUUCAGACUGUGGCGUUCGUACAUCGCGUCGUCAACCACGGAGUAGUCUUACCAAAACAUCCACUACCACCAACUUCACUCACUCCAGCCUGACACCCUUCGUUCGGAAUCCGAAAAUAAUGCACGGUACGCCCACAGUCGAAGGUCAAUACCCAUGGCAGGUAUCACUGGAGCUGUUGCAUCCGUCAUACGGUUUUAUAGGGCAUUGGUGUGGUGGAGUGCUGAUUGAUCGAAACUGGGUACUAUCUGCGGCCCAUUGUAUCCACAAUGAUUUGUUCAAUCUACCACUUCCCGCCCUUUGGACAGUGGUUCUUGGAGAAUAUGACCGUCGCACUGAAUCUGGAUUUGAGCAGCGCAUACCAGUAGAUAAAAUAAUUUUGCACGAGAAAUAUCAUAACUUCAAGCAUGAUCUUGUGUUACUGAAGCUGGGAAAGCCAGCCAAUACGUCACCGAAUUCGCGUGUCAGGAAAAUCUGUCUUCCGUUUGCAGACUUCAAAGUCAACAGCAUGACAUUCGAUCCAAGGCCCGGGCAACAGACGAAAGUGAACACAGCAAACAAACCAACCUAUUUCUUCGAUAAAACCCAGAGUGACGAUCGGGAGAAUCAAUCAGCACAACAACAAGUCGAAACCGUGUAUGAACAAGACACUGAUGCUUUUCCAGAAUCGGUCCCAUUUAGGGAUGAAAAUUUUUUAAGACACUUUAAGAAAUCCUUACAAACGCCAUCUACCAAUGGUCGACCUUUAAGAUCACGCACAGCACGGUAUAUGAUUAACCAUUUGGUGGCGGAACGGCUCCUGGCUCUUCGUUCCAAUCGCACCCAUCUAAAUUUAUCGAGCGAACAACCAGAAUUCAAAAGUACCGACGAUGGUGGUGACGGUAGACUGGAUCACUCCAGUCGGUCAUCAAGGCGACUGUUCACCAUGGGUAUGUUCAAACCAGACAAACCCCAUCCAAGUCAGAGCAUCAAUGGGAAACGGUGGAUAUACCACCCACUUGCAGGAAAUAUCGUCUUGACUCGCAAUGUGGUGUCCCCCCAUCAGCAUCACCGGGCGAAUCUGAACAGCAAAUUCGGCAACAAUAGGCGACGGAACGAUAAAUUUUCCCAUGCUCCAGUUUACUAUCGCAAAGAACCUAACUACCGUACCGAGGACGCCAUCGAUCCCAUCUCACCUGAACCCAAUGGUCCGACAGCUAAUUCCGCAUCGGAUGUCGAGACGGACCAUGGCCCUUCUACAAGCGCCAUGCCAGAUACAUCGCAGUACGUGGAUUGCUUAGCAACAGGUUGGGGAAAAUCUACUAUCGAUGAUGAACUGACCGAUGUUUUGCUGCAAACGCGCGCACCGAUACAGAGCAGUAAGAAGUGCGAGGAAGCGUAUGGGGAUUUCAUCAAACUACACCGUGGUCAUCUUUGUGCUGGGAAUCUGGACGGAGCCGGGGGAACAUGUGUGGGAGACUCUGGUGGUCCAUUGCAGUGUCGUAUAAGCAAACGGGGACCAUGGAUAUUAGUAGGAAUUACAUCGUUUGGAUCGGGUUGUGCGUUUAAAAACUAUCCCGAUGUGUAUACAAAAAUUUCAUUCUAUCGCCAAUGGAUAGUGGAAACCAUACAAAACAACUGAAAGCCGAGCGGAAGGUGUUGGUGUACUGAAAAGCUAUUUCUACAUGUUUUAAAUUUUCAAACAACGAACAUCGAAUUAAAUUGUGAUAUUAAUUUAGCAAGGUUAUUAGUCAUAAGUUGUUAUUUUUAUUGUGCCCUUUAGAACAUAUUUCGUGUAUAAAAUAGUGUUAAAGAGUAUUGGAUCGUUGAUCCGGAUUUUAUAUUCGAUUUUAAGUUUUAAAAGACGCGUAAAGAAUUCACUCAUCUAUCUUAAUUAGUAUGACGUAAAAUAUUUUUGAAACACCAAGCAAAACAAAGUUUUACUUCCAAUGUAUUGAUGUUAAAAAUAAAUGCAUGUUUCCAAUAAAAAGGAUACCGAAGAGCCGAAAUUUAUAGAACUAUGAGAAAAUGAAUAUAGUGUAAGCAAAGCAAUUAAAGAUCGAUUCUGAAUUGAAUAGACGGCGGAAAACCAUGUUGUUGCGCGCCUUUUCGGUACACCAUGAACUGGUCCAAACCUACCGAGCCAGUAGUAAUAGUAUCGAUCUUUCACAGUACAGAACUGAUACCAAAUCUCAUUUUGAUAUUUCCCACUUGGUAGUAAAGACCAACUAUCCCUUUAUACGGCUAUUUUUGGCUUACUAGAUUUGUUUCACCACGUAGCACUUUAGUGAGUUCUUGCUACGGGAGGACUCGGUAGGGAUGGGAUUUUAUACCCGGAUGUGUGGAACUGGCGCCGUUUAACCCAUGCACCACCGAGUUGUUCCAUGAAAGUGUAUUAUAAUCAUGCGGUUUUGUUGAGAUUAAACUGAAAUAUAUUCCUAUGUACCUGUACUUGUUGAUUCAACUUCCGCCUAUUGGUCAAUUUGUAAUCUGGUAGAAAACGUGCAGCAUUUUUCACUUAACAAAAACAUCCAAUAUUGAGGAGAACAAUAUUGUUAAUGUUAUACAAUUAUCUAUUACUGCUAUUAAUAUGGUUCAUUGUUCAGAUUUUUAAUCUGUUCUUCACUUUCACUCUGUUCUUAAAUAUUAAGCUUAACACAAUUUUAUUAAUACACUUAGAUUUAUAUUACUUACAAGCAGUUACACUACAUCUAUUUUUCUGCAAAUACGAUAAAACUCAUAAACGAGGUAAAGCAGUGAUUUAUGUAACAUUUGCACGCCUGUGUACGCACGUUAUCUCGACUGAAAUGUAACAUUAAACAGAAAGGAAGUUCAAUUGCUCUAGAUUUAUUUUAAAACAUUUCUUCUACUAUUAAAAAUUACAGAUCCUUUAAAUCAGUUAUUUUGAAAUUGAUAUAAAAAAAUGUUAUUUGUUAUACGCGUUGUGUAAUGAAUCGUAAGCGCAACAUUUUCUUCGAAAAAGUGCUCCGAAAAAGCUUUUUUUCGAACAACGCAGUUGCUCGAAACUCAGAAAGCUUGAGAGAACUGCUCGAACAACACAAAUUGUGAGCUGAAUAAGCGGUUAAAUAACGAUAUUAUAGGAUACGCUGGGGAAAGCAUGCCCUGCGAAUACAAGCAGUUCUCAAGAUUCACGCUAUGAUUACCAUGCCAUGCUAUGACCAGAUUAAUUUAAACAAGGAAAAGUUUUUAUUUAAAUUAUUUUAUAAUUGUUAUAAAACUGUAAUGUACAGUGCUAGUUACUAAUAAACUCGUAAUGUGCAGUGUAAGAAGACGUUACACUUACUACAAACACCUGACUAGAAUCCUGUUCUCUAUGAUUGGUCGGUUUGUUUGGACCAGAUUGCAU